GGGGCCAUCAACACAGCUUCCAACAUGGUGGAGACUCACAACUUGCAGGACAUCAGACAGGAAGCGGCCACUGCUGCCAAAGUGUUCAUUCAGAGGGACUACAGGUACGGCACUGCCUGCCAGUUCCAGACCAAGUUUCCCUCUGAACUGGAGACCAGGAUCGGCAGGCAGCAAUUUGAGGAAACGGUGCAGACACUGAAUGACCUCUACGCUGAGGCAGAGAAGCUGGGUGGCCACUCAUACCUGGAGGGCUGGGUGGCCUGUCUCACGGCCUACACCAUCUCCGUGUGUAUGGAGACCCGCUAUGAGAGGGUCUUGAAGAAGAUCGCUAAGUACAUCCAGGAGCAGAACGAUACGAUCUACGCACCACGUGGUCUUCGUCUCACGGAUCCCAUUGAGAGAGGGCUCAGAGUCAUCGAAAUCACCAUCUUUAACGACUUGAGCACAGGCUCCAGAAGAUAA